AAAGCGCAAACGCGGUCUCAACACGACUUCAGGUUCCUUGGAUCCGUUAAAAUACUGCUCUUUCGACUCAAAACCGAGUUAUGAUCGUGGACUCAUCGCUGCCUGUCUAUCCUUCCUCUCAGGCCAGGAAAUCCUUCUCCCCAUCUCAGCUUGCAAACUUUGAGUCAAAUGUCAUCUCAGCACUACAAACCGUCAUAGCACUCCCUCCGGAAAAGCGCGACACUUCAGCUAACCGACUCUUCGUUGAGACGUACGCUGAGGAUGAAGCUCGCCAGAGACUGCAGGCGUUGAUCUGGAACCAGGCUUCCGAACGAGAGGGCAACGCGAAGAUUCGGAAGCUUACCCUUUUACUUGCCGAAAAGUUGGCUCUGACAUCCCCACCUCUGGACCUCAAGACUCUUCUUGAUCUCGCUGUCUGCACCUCCACGCGCUCGCGCAACCCCAGUCAGGCAGUCUUCCGCAACGCGCUAGAGAACAACCCUGCGCUCUUCACGCAGUUCUAUUCUGAUGCUGUCCCGUCGUUUGAAGAGCUCCUGAUUCCUGCGAACUCAUCAGGUCUUUAUGGCCUGCGCAAGACGGCAUUUUGCCUCGUCGCGCUGCUUCGUAGCUGUCCGCGGGAACUUGUGCAGACUUUCACCGCUCAGCAGUCUUUCUUAGUUGCACUUGCGACGGCGUAUGACGAAGGUCUGGCGUCUGUCGCACAUUCGUAUGGUGGUUUCCGUGGGACCACAACACCCCUCGAUGAUUGGGAACGUUUAUGGAUAGACACCAAGGUCGAUUUGUUGGACGCGUUUCAUAUAAUCAUCACUGUCCUCCUUGAGGACGUGUCUGUCGCAGGACCCAACCUUAGAUGGGAGAGCAUGAAAGCGCUUGCAAUUGUUCAGGCGCUGACGCAGCUUUCGAGGCCCAGCAUUUCGGCCCCACAUCCCAGCGUCAGCUCUUCGCCUGGAACACCCUUUCUCGACCAACCACUCCUCGCAGACUAUCAGCACGUGUACGAUCUCGCACGGUCGAUGAAAUCGAUCAUGAAGGAGGUUGAGAAGGAAGAUGCCCGCGUCGGACAGCUGGAAGCGGCGCUGAGGUCUCUCGAGCUCGAGCCUAGUGGCCCGGGAGGCGCAAAAAACCCUGGCAUUCUUAAGCUCAUCAUCAAGUCGUCUGGUGCACCCCCGACCACAUCCCGAGCACUAGACAAUAAUGUGGGCAAAGGGAAGGGAAGGGAGAUUGAUAUGCCUGUCAUCGAGGAGGUCGUCGACCCCGAGCUUGACAUCAAGAUCAUCCAGGUACUGGAUAUCUUCCCGGACGCGAGCCCGGAGUAUGUCAGAGCAGCCCUUACACACCCGGAUCAUCCCUUCCGUGGUAAUGCUGAGCGACUCAUUGCGGCGCUUCUGGAAGGGACAGCACCAAGCGAAGAUGAUCUGCAUAAGUCGUCGCAAAUUACCACAACUCAGUCAACUUCAUUAGAUCAUGUUCAGCAGCAGGUCGUGCUGGAACCCAUUGAGCGUAGAAAUAUUUUUGACGACGACGUUAUGGACCUCAAUCAGCUUCACAAGGGAAAGAAAAGUGCGAACGAGACCGGACGUGACAGAGCUGAAGUCGAACGAUUAAAAGCGGAUAUUCUACGGCGCGUGGAAGCUAUGUCCGAAUCUGACGAGGAAGACGGUGAUGGACAGGAUGAAGAAGACAUGGACUUGGAUGACAUUGCCGACGUUAAAGUCGCAGGAGACGGUGAGCAAAGCGGAGACGAAUCCGAGGAUGAGGAGGGGCAAGGGGAGGCACGGCCGAAUCCAGAGACCAUCCUCGAACUUGCGUACAUUCGCGAGCCUAAACUUUUUGCCAUUGAUUCUCAAACGCGGAGAAGCAAGCAGCGUGCAGACCUCAAAGCACAGACUGGUUGGGAUGACCAGCAAAUCGAAGGAUGGGCAAUUAUGUUGGAAAGGAAUCCCAAGAAAGACAAAAUACUGGCCAAACACGAAUUCUCAGGCAACAAGCCCGAGCCUAUCGCCUCUUCUGCACCCGGGCCCUCCACUUCACAGCAGUCAGGAGGACGGGGCAGAGGCGGUCACGUUAACCGAGGGGGUAGAGGACGGGGAGGUGCUGGUAUUGGUGGGGGUAGCGGACGAGGUGGUGGACCAUCGAGUUCGGGCGACGGGACCGGCCGCGAUCGCGCUUGGAAAGACAAGAACAAGGCGAGUAGAGGGAACCAUAACCGGAAGCGAGGGCAUGACAAGAAGAUGGCUAAGGCUGGCGCGUUACCUUCGUAAUGUGUGCGAGAUUUGGAUUACUUGUUGUGCAUUUCUCCAUAGAGGAUUGUCCUCAUCGGACAAUACGAAUGGAUGAGACUGGUGUAGGAGAUACAGGAGCAUGGAUAUCAAUUAGAAGCAAGAGGAAUAGGUGAAUGAUCGGUCCUUCACUGUCACUGAGGGAAAAUCUUUUGGAAUCGUGGGUCAAAAGUAAGCUCGAUAGUAUCGUUGAUGAGUUUCAUGUCAAAUUCUUCCUCGAAGUUGAUACAUCCCAGUAACUUCACUUCCGCAUCACCCACAACAGUACCAAUCACCUCCACGAAUGUCGCCGUCAUUGAAUGUUCUUUUUGGAGGCGGACCUCGACCUCGCCGCCAUCGGACGUUUGCACAGUCGCAACGUCAGGUGUUUGAAAGCGAAGGACCUUGCAGGGCAUCCGGAUGGCUCUCCCUUUGAAACUGGGGAGCCUGGCAGCAUUGACG